AUGGCACGCUCAACACAUUUCGCAUUCUUCGAAUUGCCGCGGGAACUGCGAGACCUGGUCUACCACUUCCUCUGGCAGGGCCACCCAUAUCAAGUAGUUGCGUACUCCAACAGAAAGACCAUACUCCGAUACAUCGCUUCGAACCAAGUGUACACCAAAAGCGCGUUUGACUCUCAGUGGACACAUACGCUCCCAGAAUGGCUGUUCAUCAACAAAGCCUUCCACACCGAAAGCAUCGCUCUCUUACUCGAGCGUUCCGAAUGGAUACGCCUCUCUAGCUCGUACUUCCAUCCCUACACCGGCACAUAUCCAAACACGGGUACAUCUACUUUAUUCGGACCUGCAACAGCCCAGGUCGUUUCCCUUUGUGAUCUCGUCUUUGCGACCGAGAUACCCCAGAGCCGCGCGGUCCUGGAGAAUCAAGCGCGCCAGCGCAUGAUAGAGCAUAGCCAGGUCGCACAAGACAUGGUAGCCCGUGGCACUGGGAGGAGGCUUCAUGUGUGGAUUGAUCUCCAGGGACGGGAUGAUCUACGAUUUGGGCUUCUGUUCGAGGAGAGGAUCGAGUACUUGACAUGCUAUCAGUGUGUUGACGUCGGCACGCUCGUUGUCUACGUCUGUAAUAUUAGCAUGUUUAAUGAUGACACGGCGCUCCCAGAACCCAUGGAUGAGCUUAAAUGCUGGGUCCGGAAGGCUGCUGGACUUGUGUUUGGCACGGAGCAGCCGGAGAUGAAGUGCGAAUGGCACGACGAAGAAAUUACUCUCAGGCCCAGUUUUGUAGACAAGAAGACGACUUGGCAUUGGUAUGAGUUUUCAAGACCGGUGUUGUAGUAGAACGGCUAAACGCUUGCAAUGCUCGGAUCAUGAACCGGGUCCAGGCGUCUUGCAAUCUCUUACAGUCUGUAACUACACAAGUUUUCGGUGUACACCACCCUCAGCAUAUCUGGCUCUCUCAUUCUAAAGCAUUUUC